AUGGACUCAAUCCCCUCUUCUUCUUCUUCUUCUUCACUUCAUUCACUACAACGACUCCCUUCUCGAUUUUCACCACGUUUACCUUUCACAUCCUUUCGUCCCCUUCCAAAUCAAAAACCUCGAAACCUAACCUCACGCACUUCAAUCACUUUCACCGCAAAGCAACGAAACGAAACCGUUUUGGCAGUUACUCGCCAAAACCAGGAGGAGCGAACAACUUUAUCCAAAUGCUUAACAAAAGAGCUUGUUCGCUCUCUAUUCUGUUUUGCCAUCGGAGUUUCCGCGCUCGGAGCGUUCCGAAUUGCGCCUGCGUUGGCAUUUCCAAAUAUACCCUGGGCUAUUUUUUCUUUUAAGAAAAAAGUGAAGAGGAAUAGUCAUGAAUAUUGUGAUUGUACUCAGAGAGUGCUGGAUACUAUUUCGGGUUUGUUGAGGAGUAUAGAAGAGGCUAGGAAAGGGAAUGGUGAUAUGGAGGAUGUGAGGCGAGCAUUGAAUGCUGUGAGAUUGGAGAAGGAAAAAUCAGAGAGAGAGAUUUUGGAGAGGGUGCAUCCGCAAUUGAUGGAUUUGAAGGAAGAUUUGCAGAAAUUGGAGUUACAGGGAAUGGAGAUUUCGGAGCAGAUAGAUGCGGUGAAGCGGGAGUACGAUAGGUUGACGGGGGAUGAGUUAGAUGUGGAGAAGGUGGUGAAUGAGGUGGAGGAGAAAAUGUUGGAGCAGAGGAUGGUUGAGUUGGUGAAGAAUUACAAUGAGAAUUCGAAGAAAAUAGGUGAGAUGGAGGAUGUGAUUUCAAGGAAGGAGACAGUGGCUUUGAGUUAUGGGGUGUUGGAAGUAUUGUUUAUUGAGAGGGAAUGUGAGAAGCUUGUGGAAAGAUUCAAACAAGAAGUGAAACAGAAGGAAUUCGAAAGUUCACUUGCAAGCUCAGUCAAUGGGCUCUCCAAAUCCAUUGUUCAGAAAGAUUUGGAAACUGUGCAAAGAAAACAUUUAGAACAAACUAUUCUUCCUAGCAUUGUGGAUGUUGAUGAUCUUGGACCAUUCUUUCAUCAAGACUCUGUUGAUUUUGCCCAGCGUUUAAAAAGAAGUCUUGAAGACUCAAAGGAGCAGCAGGAGAAUUUGGUGACCCAGAUAGGCAAAAAUAUGAAGUAUGACAAGGAAAAGCGUAGUAUUGUUUACUCACCAGAAGAGGAGGAAACGAUUCUUUUGGACCGGGAUAGAGUAAUAUCGAGGACUUGGUACAAUGAAGAGAAAAAUAGAUGGGAGAUGGAUCCAGUGGCUGUCCCUUAUGCUGUCACAAAAAAGCUAAUAGAACAUGUCCGGAUUAGGGCCGACUGGGGUGCCAUGUAUAUUGCAUUGAAGGGGGAGGACGAAGAAUUUUAUAUAGACAUAAAGGAAUUCGAAAUACUUUUUAAAGAUAUUGGGGGUUUUGACGGGCUAUAUAGGAAAAUGAUAGCCUGUGACAUUCCAACAGCUGUUCAUCUAAUGUGGAUUCCUUUAUCAGAAUUAAAAUUGCGCCAACAGUUUUCUGUGAUAUUAAGGCCCCCUCGUUUGUUUUUGAGCGACCAGUGGAAUUCCGAAGCUGCCUUGACUGCAAGAAGUUGGUUCUUUGACACGAUUAAGGACAUAACUGAUGACCUAAUGACGGUUAUAGGGUUUCCUGUUGUGGAAUUAUUACUCCCUAACCAGGUGAGGGUAAAAUUGGGGAUGGCUGGGACAGAGGAAUGGGCAAUGGACACUACAUGGUUCUUGAAAUGGCAAUUAAAUGCAGAAACAAGGACUAACACCAGGCGAACAGGAAGUGAAAUUCAAUGGUUCUUUUUGUUUAUCACAAGAACUGCUAUUUCAGGAUUUGUUAUAUUUCACUUGUUCAAAUUUAUGAGGGGAAAAAUUCCAAGACUUCUUGGUUAUGGUCCUGUGUCUGUGCGAAAAAAUCCUAAUAAGAGGAAACUUGGGCUAGUGGCGUAUUACUUUGAAAAAAGAUGGAGAAGCAUGAGGAGUAAGAGAAGGGAGGGUGUCGAUCCCAUAAAAACAGCUUUUGAGCACAUGAAGAGGGUGAAGAAACCACCAAUACCAUUGAAGAACUUUUCUAGCAUUGAGUCUAUGAAAGAGGAAAUCAGUGAAGUUGUAAGAUUUUUGCAAAAUCCAAGGGCAUUCCAAGAAAUGGGAGCGCGGGCACCUCGGGGUGUACUUAUUGUAGGUGAGAGGGGUUCUGGCAAGACGUCGCUAGCAUUGGCUAUAGCUGCUGAGGCUAAGGUGCCUGUUGUUAAAAUUAAGGCCCAACAAUUGGAGGCUGGAAUGUGGGUUGGGCAAAGUGCAUCCAAUGUUCGCGAAUUGUUUCAAGCAGCUAGAGAUUUGGCUCCUGUAAUAUUGUUCAUAGAGGAUUUUGACCUGUUUGCUGGUGUACGUGGCAAAUUUAUCCACACCGAAAAUCAAGACCACGAAGCUUUCAUUAAUCAACUGCUUGUGGAACUUGAUGGAUUUGAGAAACAAGAUGGGGUUGUUUUGAUGGCUACUACAAGCAAUAUCAAGCAAAUUGAUGAGGCCCUGAAGAGGCCAGGUCGCAUGGAUAGAAUAUUUCAUCUUCAAAAACCAACACAGGCGGAGAGAGAAAACAUAUUGUACUCUGCAGCGAAGGAAACCAUGGAUGAUCAGCUGAUUGAUUAUGUGGACUGGAAAAAGGUUGCUGAGAAGACAUCUCUUUUACGACCUACCGAGUUAAAACUUGUUCCUUUGGCUCUAGAAGGAAGUGCCUUCCGGAGCAAAGUUCUUGACACAGAUGAACUAAUGAGCUACUGUAGUUUCUUUGCAACUUUCAGUUCCGUGAUGCCCCAAUGGCUGAGGAAAACCAAAAUUGUCAAGAAAGUAAACAAAAUGUUGGUGAAUCACCUGGGAUUGACAUUAGCAAAAGAAGAUCUUCAAAAUGUUGUUGAUUUGAUGGAACCAUAUGGCCAGAUAACCAAUGGGAUAGAGCUUUUGAGCCCUCCUCUUGAUUGGACGAGGGAAACUAAGUUUCCACAUGCUGUCUGGGCUGCUGGUCGCGGUCUUAUUGCUCAUUUAUUGCCAAAUUUUGAUGUUGUUGAAAAUCUUUGGCUUGAACCUCAAUCUUGGCAGGGAAUUGGAUGUACGAAAAUCACGAAAGCAAGAAAUGGUGGUUACAUCAAAGGGAAUAUAGUAUCAAGAUCUUAUCUUGAAAAGAGGCUUGUAUUUUGUUUUGGUUCUUAUGUUGCAUCCCAAAUGUUAUUUCCUUUUGGGGAAGAAAACUUACUGUCUUCAUCUGAGAUACAGAAGGCACAAGAGAUAGCUACGAAAAUGGUCAUUCAAUAUGGAUGGGGACCUGAUGAUAGUCCUGCAAUAUAUUACUGUAAUAAUGCGGUUUCUACAUUAAGCAUGGCAGGUGACCAUGACAAUGUGAUGGCCGCUAAAAUUGAAAAGAUCUUUGAUUCGGCAUAUCUCAAAGCAAGAGAAAUGCUGCAGAGAAAUCGUCGGGUACUAGAAAAGACUGUAGAGGAAUUACUUGAAUUUGAAGUUUUGACUGGAAAGGGUUUGGAAAGAAUUACCAAAGAUAAUGGUGGAAUCAAGGAGAAGGAGCCGUUUACUCUUUUUGAAGUUCAAGCUAGCGAGCCAACGUCCGGCAGCCUACUUGAAAGAGGAAAUGCAUCAGGAGGUGCCUUGCUAGCAUCCUAG